UACUUCUACGUCACUUCCGCCGUGUCUCGCUGUAUGCGUUUUUUCGAGCAAAGAUGGCGUCUGCACAGUUAACGGAUAAGGAGAUUGUGUCUGAAUUAAAACGGCUCGGCUACACUCCGGGCCCGGGGACGGAGAGCACGCGGCCCGUGUACUUGAAGAAACUGAAAAAGCUGUGGGAGGAGCAGCCACAGCCGCGGGGCUCCCGGAGCGGAAAAGGACGCAGCAGCAGCGGGAAUAUCAACAGCAACGGCGGUAGCGGCGCUAGCAACAGCAACGCCGCGGCGCGAGCUCCGGGACUCAGCGCCAGGCCACCGGACGGUGACGUCACGCGUCUGAGCGCCAGCCGGAGCGAAAAGCGCAGACCCGGAAAGUUCGUGCUGGGCUUCAGCUCGGACGAGUCGGACGCGGAGGCACCGCAGAAGAAAGGAGGCCCGAAUCACGGCGGCAGCAGGAGAGACCGAGGAUCCGCGCUGCAGACACCCAACUUCAGGCCUGCGGGAACACCCGCCGCCUCCCUCGGCUUAUCCGUGGACAGGAAAAGCAUUUCUGCGUCUCCGUGGUGGGCAGACCGAGGCAAAUCCAACGAUUUAGAGGAAACGGAAAGAGACAGUCGGACUUUGAACGGGAAUAAGGCGUUUUAUGAGUCUAACAGUAGUAAGCUAGUCAGGGACUACUCUGAUUCAGACGAGGAGGAGGAAGAGGAGGGUGAACGAGAGCGUCCCCGCGAACGCCGUCUGACUUCCAGACACCCCUCUUCCCCUUACCGGAGCGUCUGGAGCGCGGAGAAGUCGGCGCAUGAUUCUCCCGACUUCAGUCUAGAUAUGCUCGGGGAACGAGAUGAGAAGAAACCGAGGGAGUUCAGCGGAAGCUACGUGAGCCGCAGCUACCAGAAACUCUCCGGGAUUGACGGGGAUGAUAACAGCAGCGGCACCGGCGGCGGUGGUAUCGCACCCGGUUCUUUUAAUAAGAACCACAUCGACAACGGAGACGGCGAGUCCCCCUGCAGCAGCAGCAGUAGUCGGUUCAGUAUCGGGCUCAGACCGCGCUUUCCCUCCUACACAGCGACCUACCGAGCGAACCAUUCGAACCACACCGGUUUCAACCACUCCUACAGCCAUGCCUCAGCCCUCAAGCCCAAGCAGCACACCGCGUUGGGAAAUACCAUCCAGCCAUGUAUCAUUAUAAUUUGUCUAGUGCUGAGUAAUGCCGUUUGUCAAAUUACUUUUCUUUCGUUUUCAGUCGUACUUCACCCAUUCGGACCAGAGUUUGAUCUGCAGUAUGACAUUAAUGACCGAGACCUCAUCCUUAAUCUGCUCCUGUCUCUACAUGAGCACCUGGCCAAUAUCGCUGGAGAACAUGAUUGUGGAGACCUUAAAAAUCCUUUAAACAGAAGUGUCUCUUUUAGUGACGCCUCUACGUACCUCAAGCUCCAAAAUGAAGCCUAUGAAAACUUGAUUGAAACGUCUUUAGAGUGGGUCAUGAAAACCAAAGAUGUUGUCGGUAUAAGGUUGAUUGGUGCUGACUCAGCUCAACCCAUAGAGGAUGUAUCGGAAAUCUCACGACUGGAGUCCAUCCACCCCCGCAUGUCCUUCUUCUGUCGCCUCAGACGCGCCUUCUUCACUGUGAUCCACAGAGUUCUCUUCGUCCUUGCAGGCAUCGGUGUAGUUUUGGGUUUGGUGUAUUGCAUGAAAUACAGAUGGCGCAAAGAAGAGGAGGAAACUAGACAGAUGUAUGACAUGGUGGAGAGGAUCAUCGAUGUAAUGAGAAGCCACAAUGAAGCCUGUCAGGAGAAUAAGGACUUGCAGCAGUAUUUGCCCAUCCCUCACGUCCGUGACUCUCUUGUCCAGCCUCAAGACAGAAAGAAGAUGAAGAAGGUGUGGGACAGAGCCGUUGCAUUCCUCUCAGCUAAUGAGUCCCGCAUCCGGACAGAAAAGCAGAGGAUUGGAGGGGCGGACUUCAUGGUGUGGCGGUGGCUUCAGCCCUCAGUGUCACCUGAUAAGAUGUCCAGCAUGCCCUCCAAAGUGUGGCAAGGCCAAGCAUUUCCAUUGGACCGAAGAAAUUCGCCACCAAACAGCUUAACGCCGUGCUUGAAGAUUCGCAACAUGUUUGAUCCUGUUAUGGAAGUAGGGGAAAACUGGCACCUCGCCAUUCAAGAAGCCAUUUUGGAGAAGUGCAGUGAUAACGAUGGAAUCGUUCACAUAGCUGUUGACAAAAACUCAAGAGAGGGCUGCGUUUAUGUGAAGUGCCUUUCAGCAGAGCAUUCUGGGAAAGCCUUCAAAGCGCUUCAUGGCUCCUGGUUUGAUGGUAAGCUGGUGACGGUCAAGUAUCUACGACUGGAUCGCUACCACCAGCGUUUCCCACAAGCCCUGGGCUGCAACAUGCCCCUCAAGCCCUCCAGCUCCUGCAUGAACAGCAUGUCUCGCCUGAACCAGCGAUCCAGCACAUCCAGCUCACUGGGUUUCUCUUGAGGCACAUGCUAAUGGCCACCACCAUCCUCUCUGCUCUCUCUUUCGCUAUAUACGAGGCUCCCUUCUCCUGCGUCCUCUUCACCAGAGAGAACUGCGUUCAGGAGCUUUUACAGUUGGGCGACCUGGGACGCCCAAUCAGUUUUGUCAGCCAUAUGCAAGCAAUGGUGUUUAAACCUGUGAGCUGCUGUGUUUUUUUUCUUUUUUCCUGUCCUUCGGUAUCAAGGAAAGCAAGGCAGAUGCACACACUUGCGUGAAACCGGUGGAGAGAGAGUUGCUCGGUCCGGUGAGAGCUUUUAGGAGAGGUGGACGAUGCAAUCUCUGUCCUUCUCAUAUCUGGUGCAAGUGGACACAAAUUUCUGUUUCUUAUGUAUUUGCUUUGUUUUUGAUAAACCGUCUUUAUGGAUUCAAUGACAAAAAUGGCUUCCAACUUUAAAUCUCACACCACGAUUGAGAGUUUUCCGGCCUCUGCUUAUUUUUUAUGUAACUAACUCCCCUCCUUAAUUCCAAGGAGCUCUGUUGGGCUAUACGUAGCUGCAUGUGCUGGUUAAAGUAUGCCUAUAUUUAAGCUUUGAAUUGUAUCAUAUACUGUGGAUGUUUAUUUCCCUGAUGCUGUUUUAGCUGAUGUAUUCCCUUUAUUAUUUUUCUUUGCCUUUUUGUUUUGUAGUUUUUAGUCCAAGAACAGCAUGCACACACUCUAGAAAGGGGUGCUGUAAAUAUCUCAUUGAAUGGUGGUGGUUGAAAUCAUGUAUAUGAAACAAAUCGUCAUAAGCUCUUGUUUGUUUCUUGCCAACAGAAUAACUACACUGCUGCAUUCAGAGACGUGUCAUGUGGAAGGGUCUACAUGGCUUUAUGAGAGAAAUUAACAAUUGUUUCCCUUCAAUGCCAUGUUUCUGAACACUAGUCUUAAUUGUCACAGCCUGAUUAUAUUCAAGUAUAUAAUUAUUUACUGUUGUUUUGUUUAUAUUUUAAAAGUUAUGUUUUUCCCAUUAUAGUUGGUGCAGAUGGAUGUUCUCCCCUCCCUUACUGGUCACUUGGCAGAUUUUAAAUGCCACCCUGUCGCUGUUUUUAAUCUGUCCCCGACCCUUCUAAAUUUCCAAAGGAGAUGUUUUUGAUGGAAGUUGUUUUCUGACUUUCUUGUACACACUUGUGCUACGGUCGCAGCCUGAUAUGGUGAUCUGAUUCUAAUUCGUAUCGGGACACAUUCAUAAACAGAGCAUGUCAUGCUGCGGUCAUGUCUAUUUUGGAUCACAGAAAGAUUUAUCAGCUUUUGUUUAGAUGCAGUUCGGGUGGAUAUGAGGUAAAUAAAAUGUACUUGU